UUAAAAAAAAAAAAAAAAAAAAAAAACAACAUUUCAUUAAAAUGAUUUCUAUUUUUGUCAACCCUCUCUAUUGUGGACUAACUUCCGCAAUAGAGAAAAUCUAUGAAAAAUUGCAAGGUCUUUUGAUUAGCGUGUGCUUUCCAUAAAGAGUAAAGAGAAAAUAGUGUGUAUAGCCGAAAAGAAACAAUCGUUUCUGGAAACAAAACGGACCGCGCGAUACUUGAUAUAGUCAUCGGUGUGCAUUAGAAUAAGUGCGAUCCCUUAAGGCUUUCAUCGUUUUUAUAGCGAAAUCCUUUAUAAACAAAACCUGAGCUAAAAGGCUCUCGUCAUUGCUUAUUUCGCCCAUUCAGUAGCUCGACCGUCCAUCAGUCAAUACCGUGUUUCAGGAUUCAGGCCUCACCGAUUACUUAAUUGUUCUUUUUUUUUAAGAAGUGAUGAAAUAUUUUUAAAAAUUGGAUAUUGAUACCAUUACUUGUUUAUUGAGAAUGAAUUGGAAACAGUGGUUUGCGCUCUUAUUCUUUUUUGUACUCUACUUGUUGCUCGGUGGUGUUGUUUUUAUGUUUUUUGAGUCACCGGAAGAAGAUAUUCGCUCGAAGGAAUUAGGCAAUCUUAGGAAUGUUAUUUACGAUAAAUUGAUCAUGUGUGAAACAAAUGAAAUCGAUCUCGUAGGCCGAGAGGAAGUAUGGAUUCAAAUUGCCGAACAAAUUAAUCAGCCGACCCUUAUCAACAAUCAUUCAGUACCUCCCAAGAAAUGGACCCUUUACAAUAGUUUUUUUGUAGCCGUUACUGUUGCAUCCACCAUUGGUUACGGCCAUUUGGCACCGUCCUCGGCUCCCGGUAGAUUAUUUUGCAUAUUUUUUGCUCUUAUUGGCAUUCCUCUCAACGGAAUAUUAUUUGCUGCAUUAGGAGAUCAUUUUGGCGCUAAACUUGUGAGCCGUUCAAGUAAUCGCUCCACUGCUUUUGUGGUACUGGCGGAUGUUUUAUUGUAUUUCAUUCCCGGACUCGUCGUUUUUCUCGUGAUUCCGGCCGGACUCUUUGCCAUUGUGGAAGGAUGGAAUUACAUUGAUUCAUUUUACUACGCAUUUAUUACUUUAACCACAAUUGGUUUCGGCGAUCUUGUCGCAGGGCAAAAUGAUGUCGGGCGUUGGACUUCUGCUUAUCGUUCUUUCAUAAUUAUUUGGAUAUUAUUUGGGCUUGGAUACCUGAUUAUGGUCAUCAAUAUCAUCACCAAAGGUUUGCGAUCAAGGUCAGUAGUAGCCCCAGUUGUAGCGCUAGAAAGAAGAAUGGCGGCUCGUAUUCGUGCCACCAGAAAAGCGUUAUCCAAAGACGCUAUUGCGUUGCGCCAACUAGUAAACCAGAUUAGAGUUCUGAAAAUAAAGCCCAUAGGCAGACCAGCGCGUAAGGGAUUAUUCCGCACCUACAGUCAACCUUCUCUUUAUUACGAAGAAAACAUUAUGGAUCAAGAUUCGCGUAAACAAUUGGAAGCCAUAGGAAGCAAUAGAUUUGGUAAAACUAAUUACAUCGAUAGAGAUAUUACAUGCAACAAUGGUUCCUUUCGAAAAUCCCUGGAAGGAACCGAAUUUAAUGAGGAUCCUGUCCAACUGUUGACUCGCUUAGCUUCAGCUUUGUGCGACGAAAAUGAAGAUGACGAUCUUUCUAGUCCUGACACUUCUACUUCUGAAAUUGAACAUGCCAAAGAUAUCAAUGAAGUUGACUUGGAAUCUACAUUUCAGCGCAUUCGACGAUCGUUGCAUCUUCCUAAGAAUAGCCGCACUGCCCAUGCUCCUCGUUCACCAGCACCUUCCCCAAAAGUGGAAGCCGACUUAAAAAUGGCUAGUGUGCAUCCGCAUCGCUUUGCGAUAAAUAGACGCAUACGACAUGUAAGUGAGAAUCAUGAUCAUGUGAUUUUGAACUGCAAUGGGUCAAUGAAAAGCAAACAACGAUUGAUGGUAAACAACGUAGCAAAAUCAGAGAAUCCGCACGAAUUUAAGCGUAGCUUUAGUGAAAGAUUUUCACCUAACCGAGAUUCGUUUGCUUCAUCGUUUCAAUUUAAGCCUGCUUCGGAUUGUUUUCAACUGAAUCUAGAUGCAUCAUCAACUGGAACAAUUUCUAACGCGGACAGCAACACUCAAACAAAUUUGCCAAAUGCGACUGUUGUCGAAUUUUGCCAUAUUUUGGACCGCGUUCAGGUCUCUCGAGAGAACAGUGCUUCGAAACAAUAUGAUUUGUCGUACCGCUAAAUUUUAUGUUAUCGGUGAAAGAGAUAUGUUACGUUAUCAUGAGUUUUCAUUCCACAUUAACUCUAAAUCACUUGUUAGUAAUUUUAUGAGUAUAAUAAAAUAACGGCAGCACGUACAAUAUUUGUUCUCUUAAUAAUUCAAUCAUGUUGUUGUAUUCUGUCGGUCGAAUCUCUUGAUAAUACAUGUAAAAACUUCACGUGAUAGACUGAUAGUGUCUAGAAUUAAUCAUUACCGAAAAAAGGCAUUGGAUAAAUAAAAUUUUCUUCGAGAUUGGGAGCUAUA